AGUGCGAUACCCUGUUCUUCUGGAAGCCAUUUAUUGUAUUUGUUAUUGAAUUCUUAAAUUUGUUCUUUUCAAGAACAGCGCGUUGUCACGGACGCUUACAGUUACAGUAGGAGAGUGAACAUGCAUAAUAACAGUUAUAAAGCAGCAAUCUGUACUCUGACAUUUUUCGUUAUUCUGCUUACAUUAAUGUUCUUGGAUAUUCCUGGUAUAAAAGCGGCAGUAAUGGGAGUAUAUUAUAUCUUAUCGGCUAUUUUUGGCCUCUUUUUCCUGGUAGGCCUAUUGAGGCCUGUUAUGAGAAGAAUACAAAGCUUUGUCUCUUGGAUCUACCCCAAGAUUUCCAAUGUGUACUCGAUUUUUAAUUCAGAAGUAAGGGAUGUUUGUCAAUAUUUGACUCCUGUUCAUCAAGUGACUGUGUCAAGUCCUGCUCUUUUCCUCAUGGAAAACUUAAAACCAACAGUUUCACCACAAACUGUUUUUCGGAUGCUAACUAAAAAGAAUGAAUUUGAUGGAAAGGAAUUUCUACAGAUAGCCAUUCCAGUUGAUGUAAAACAGCCAACAACUGGGAAUACUGGUAAAGCACUGGUGGCUAUACCAAGAGAGCAUCUUAUUGCCAGUGGAAUUCCUAAAAUGUGCAAGACAGCCUCUUCAUUAGCUGAUAACUUGACAAUCCAGAAAGUCAAUAGCAGACAAUUGUUACAAUUUAAAAGCAUCAAAAGCUGGAGAAUCCAUGGAAAGGCUGACCAAGUUACAUCAUGUCCUCUGCUGAAGGAAAUCAAAACACAGUUUGGUUACAGUGUUAUUGACUGUGGAUGUUUUUUCUUUGACUUCAAAGAUUUCAAGAAAAAGCAUAAAACUUUUGUCCAUAAUCUUGCAUCAAAAGGUAUCCAGCGGUUAGUAGUCAAGGCUGACACAGUAGACAUGGAGGAGUCUAAAGCUGCCCUGGCAUUCUGUAAAGACAACAAGUACAAACAUUUUAUCUAUGUGGAUGUAGGUUUUGAUCUGGAUCUUCAGAAAAACAAUUCAGACGUGAGGUCUUGUUUGAGGUAUGUCAAACAAAUCCGGAGUCACAAAGCCUUUGCUUGUGUUGGAGAUGUUCCUCUGGGUUAUCGUGCCAGCAAACUUACUCAAGAAAAACAGCUGCAGGACUUUAAAGAAAUUAUUCCAUUCUGUUACAACCAAAAGAUACCAAUACGUUUUCAUGUAGGUCCUAAACAGAGCAUCCAUAAAGACUUCCUAGAUGCCCUUCAUUAUUACCGGCUUAUGAUAUACUCCUACUGUGUUUCUCUUAAUGAAAAUGGCAUAUUCACUGAAGAGGACAUUUCCACUCUAGUCAAAGAUUUUGGUUGUUUUAUUAUGAUUGAAGGUGCUAAUUUGAAACAUAAUUCUAGAGUAGCCUCCCUUAUAAAGAAUAAAGUCAUCCCGGUGGAAAAAAUAAUUCUACAGAGCAAUGCACCUCACUCCUUCAUUGGUGAAAUAAAGAGAAAGGCAUGGCACAACAUGAAAGACUUUCAAAUCAAUUUCUCACAAAAACAAUUACGAUAUUUGCAUCCAGAGAGUUUACAGAACAUGUUUGGUGAAGAUGGCAGUUCUGUGCCCACUAUACUGCAUUGUGUGGUUGAACUUUUGGCAGGAAUCGUGGAUAUUCCUCCACUGUCUCUGGCUAAGACUCUAAUUGAAAAUACCGAGUUAUUUUACAAGUUCUCUGAUCCUUCUUAACAUUCAAAAUAUAAUGAAAUUUUCAUCUUUCAAUAAUAAUUAAGAUUCACAUU